AUGCGAACAGUUUGUCAACAGCACUUUCAAAUUUUUCCUCAUUUCCAGAGUACUACAAAUCUUUAUAGAGUAACUGGUAGUUUUUUUACCUUUCAGCAGUACUUCUAUCGCUGCUUAACUUUUUCGAACAGUCAAAACUACAGAUUUUACGGAGAACGGUCAACCGAACAAUGUGUUAUCCGUCAAGCAGCCCAAGGCCUUCCUUGGUAUUUAUUCGUCGAGUACGGUAUUUUGGUGGAGUUAGGCUAUGUGAGUGCGAAGGCUUCAUAUAUGGUCAAACUGUUCUUGCUAGAAUUAUCAAAAGAUAGACAAGGGUCUCUCUGUAUGAGACUUUUACGUCAGGGCUUCUCCAUUUAUAGAAAAGGGAGCCUGUUUCUCACAGAAGAAAUUAUACACUUUAUAAGACAUGCACAGUUAAGUUAUCUUCUUAACAUCUGCAGUACAGAAUAA